UGGUUGACUGACGUUUUCUUUCAACACUCACAAUGGCUCUUGGUGCGCGUCAAUCAAUAAAAUUUUAGAUAUCUCUCUCUUUCUUUUAUCUCAAAUGGUCGAAAAAUCGAUAACUAUUAACUAACUCUGCGCUAUAAAGUACUGAUUAUAAGUGUAAAUGUUCAGUUAUUUAAAUGGGGAGUUAGUACGUACUAAAUUGUAAUAUUUAUCAACAAAAUGCAUCGCCGUGGCGGGAAACGUAUCCGAAUGGAUGAUCCUCCACCGGAGUACGUGAAUCCUAUGACUCCAGCUACACCUAUGACUGAUUAUGGUGGACAAUCCAUACAUGAACCUGAAACUCCUAACGUGAAUUACUCUGGGUUCAACGUAGGCGCAGUAGCCAAUUCAACGGCUACUGAACAUCCGAGGGAAGAAGCUGAAGAAUCUCAUCAUGAAGAAGAAGAGCCUCGGUCACCCUCCCCAACACCCACUAAACGUGUAACUCGUAGUCGAGGCCGGCGAGGAGAUGGAGGUUUUGUGGGGCGCUUGGCGGAGUCCCCGCCGCCGCCUCCACUGCGCCGGCGGGGUCGCGGUGGCCGAGGACGCGGCAGGGGCCGAGGCGCAGCUCCUCCCCCAGCAUACUCACCACCACCUGUUUUGUUGCCUGGUGAUGAUGAGAAUAGCCUUUACAAUAUUUUAAGGUUCAAUAAGACAGCUAUCAACCAAGUUGUGGAUAUGUGGAUAGAAGAGUACAAGACCAACCGUGAAGCAGCACUCGUACAACUGAUGCAGUUUUUUAUCAAUUCUUCAGGAUGCCGUGGAAAGGUUACACCUGAUAUGGCACAGAUGGACCAUACACUAAUUAUCAAAAAAAUGACACAGGAAUUUGAUGAGGAAAGUGGUGAGUAUCCACUGAUAAUGACAGGACAGACCUGGAAAAAGUUCCGUUCUAACUUCUGUGAGUUUAUUCAAACGCUAGUGAAGAUGUGCCAGUACUCCAUUAUCUAUGACCAGUAUCUGAUGGAUAAUAUAAUAUCUCUUCUGACUGGUUUGUCAGACUCUCAAGUCAGAGCCUUUAGGCAUACUGCUACACUAGCUGUUAUGAAAUUGAUGACGGCGCUGGUAGAUGUUGCAUUACUGACCAGUGUCAACUGCGAUAAUUGCUUACGUCAGUAUGAGGCAGAGCGACUGAAGGCGCGCGACAAGCGAGCUAAUGAGCGGCUUGAAGUCCUUGUAGCCAAAAGGCAGGAGCUUGAAGAGAACAUGGAAGAGAUUAAAAACAUGCUAUCUUAUAUGUUCAAAUCAGUUUUUGUACACAGAUAUAGGGACACAUUGCCUGACAUCAGAGCCAUCACCAUGGCCGAAAUUGGCAUUUGGAUGGAAAAGUUCCCUGCACACUUCCUUGAUGAUCUAUAUCUCAAAUACAUUGGCUGGACAUUGCAUGACAAGGUAGGGGAAGUUCGGUUGCGAUGUUUGCAAGCCUUGCAGCCUCUAUACGAGUGUGAGGAGCUGAAAGGGAAACUGGAAUUGUUCACGUCCAAGUUCAAAGAUCGUAUCGUGUCCAUGACAUUGGACAAGGAGACCGAAGUCGCAGUACACGCGGUCAAGCUCGUUAUCGCAAUCUUGAAAUGCCGCAUGCACCCGGACGUGCUGACGGACAAGGACUGCGAGAACGUGUACGAGCUGGUGUACUCGUCGUCGCGCGCCGUGGCGGGCGCGGCGGGCGAGUUCCUCAACGUGCGCCUGUUCCGCAGCGACGAGCCGCCCGCGCCCGCGCGCUCGCGCCGCGGCAAGGCGCGCCUGCCCAACACGCCGCUCAUCCGGGACCUCGUGCAGUUCUUCAUCGAGUCCGAGCUACACGAACAUGGCGCGUACUUGGUCGACUCGCUCAUCGAGUCCAAUCCCAUGAUGAAAGAUUGGGAGUGCAUGACCGAUCUGCUGCUCGAAGAGGCAGGCCCCAACGAGGAAGCACUCGAUAAUAGACAAGAGUCGUCGCUGAUCGAGCUGAUGGUGUGCUGCGUGCGGCAGGCCAGCACUGGCGAGCCGCCGGUGGGCCGCGGGGCCUCGCGCAAGCACCAUCACAUGCUGUCCAAGGAGCAGGCCAAGGUGGUGAGCGACGACCGCACCAAGAUGACGGCGCACUUCAUCGCCACGCUGCCCGCGCUGCUCGACAAGUUCGGGGCCGACCCCGAGAAGCUCACCAACCUCGUGUCCAUUCCGCAGUACUUCGACCUCGAGCUCUAUACCACGCAACGCCAGGAAGGUAACCUGACGCUACUGUUGAACAAGAUCCGCGACAUGGUGAGCGUGCAGACGGAGUCGGAGGUCCUGGAGACCUGCGGCCGCACGCUGGAGUACCUCUGCUCAGAGCAGUGCGGCGUGUAUACGCGUUGCAACGUGGCGCGGGCCACCAUCACCGACAUGUGCGUCAACCGGUACAAGGAGGCCAUCGACGAGUACCGCAGCCUGCUGGAGGGCGGCGAGACGCCUGACGCCGACGAGGUCUUCAACGUCAUCAACUCGCUGCGCAAGGUGUCCAUCAUGUACAUGUGCCACAACCUCAACGACACCAACAUCUGGGACUCGCUGUUCGAGGACCUGCCUAAGUGCGUGAAGGAGAACGAGAGCCAGAUGCCGCCACAGGCGCUGGUGUACGUGGUGCGCGCGCUGUUCUACUCCAUCCUGUGGUCGCUGCACGGCGUGGAGCAGCGCGGCGGCGCGGGCGGGGCGGGCGCGCUGCGCGAGCGCCUGCAGGCCUACGCGGCGCUGUGCAAGGACAUCGUGGCGCGCGGCGUGGCGCCCGAGCUGCGCGAGGAGGCCUACACGAGCCUGUGCGACCUGCUCAUCUUCUUCGCCGAGCACCUGUACACGCUGCACCACAGCGCCGAGCCCGACAUGAAGCAGCUGGUGUACGAGCCCGACGCGCAGCUCUGCGACAUGCUCAACGACUUCAUCCAGGAGUUCGUCUUCGUGCACCACAACUACGACGGACAAGACGAGAGACGUAUCGAGGAGCUGCACAAGCGGCGCAACUUCCUGGCCGCCUACUGCAAGCUCAUCGUGUACAACGUGGCGCCCAUCCGCCGCGCCGCCGACGUCUUCAAGCACUACAUCAAGUGCUACAACGACUAUGGCGACAUCAUCAAGGCGACGCUGAGCAAGGCGCGCGAGAUCAACAAGCUGAACUGCGCGCUCACCAUGGAGCUGGCCAUGCAGGCGCUGUUCUCCGACAUGCUGCACAAGCACCGCGCGCCCGCGCCGCACCGCCAGCUGCCCGAGCUGCUGGAGCUCAAGGAGCUGGCCAAGCGGUUCUCGGUGAUGUUCGGGCUGGACGCCGUGAAGAACCGCGAGGCCCUGACCGCGCUGCACCGCGCCGGCAUCUCCUUCGCGGCGCUGGACCAGAACGGACACUCGCCGCCGCCCAACCUGCUGUUCCUGGAGCCGCUGGCCGAGUUCUCCAACAAGCUGCUGCGACAGGAUAAGCGCCAGGUGCUCAAGUUCCUGGACGCGCGCAUCCCGCAGGGCGUGCAGUGGGGCGAGGAGUGGGCGGCGCUGGCGGCGUACCGCGGCUCGCUGCUGACGGACGCGCCCGACGAGCGCCCGCCGCCCGCGCGCAAGCACUACGCGCGCCGGAACAGAGGUCAGAACGACGAUGAGGAAGGCGAAGACAAUGCUGAUUCGGACCAGGAGCAGCCGGGGUGAGCGACACUCGAACACUCAUAGUUGUAGUUAGUCUAGAUUUAAAUGUAAGUAACGCACAACAUUGUAUUAGCUCUGAAUAACUACCGUUGCUACCGAGCCAACCGUUGACUCGUAACAGUAUCAUUGUCUAACAUCACUCUCGCCCUAUUCUCGUGCCAAACAGACCUCAUCUAUUAAUGUAGUUCAAAAACAUCAACCUGUUAAAUUUGUACUUAUUUAUUCUGAAAAACACGUAUUUUUUGUUCAUCAUUUUAUUGUUUACGUAAUGAUUGAUUGUACGAGUAUAUAAUGUAGCGCACAUUUACUACCACACGCAUUAAGGCUCUAUAUAAAGUUAUUUUUGACGUCUGGGCGUGUAAGAACUAGGAAAAAUUUGAAAGUAAUAAAAUGUUGGUUUCUUUAAGCCUAUACGGCAUGUCGAACCACUGAACUGAUAAAUUUUAAAUAAAGUACUUGCUACUACUUGAUGAAACCGUUUUUCAAACAAUUUUGCAUUGUAUACUAAUAUUUUAAAAGACUCAUUUUGGGUGUCAUCAAUAUAACCAUUGUUCUGCGCUUCGCCAUAUGGACGCUGAACCUACUCGUAGACACCAGCAAUUACUUUCGGAUUCUGUUAUUGGUAGAGCGUAAAUAAGUUAAAAACAACGAAUCUUUAAUGAUAAUGUCAAAAAAUGUUCGAGAAUAAAAUAUGCCUAUGACCCCUUAUCUAAUGACCUACACGUAACCAACAAAGACUGUAUUACUAAACCACUUGUUUUACCACACUUUAUAACAUAAAUAUUGACAACCUUACGUUGCACUUGCAAGUUUAUUUGUGUGAUUAGUUGUUACGUUCUUGUGUUAUUAUUAUUAAUGUGUAUGGUUUCAUUAUAGCAUUAUACUGUAUUUAAUACUGCUAUAAUAUAAUUAAAUUGGGCCUUAUAGACAUAAGUUCUAGCAUAAGUACCGUAAAGACUGGAGGUGUUUGAAGAGAAACAUGUUGCGUUAUGAUACUUUUAACUUUGUAUUUAGUUUUAGUUAGUAUAUAACCUAGCUACAUGUCGUGCUCAGCCUGCAACUACUUAAAUAAGCUACAUCUGCGAUACAAUGCCAGCGGCGAUCGCACAGAUAGUCUAUGACAUUCGUUAAAACGAUUGAAGAACUAUAGCCAUGUCAAAUUGAUGUUAUCUGAUGAUUCCAACUCCUUUUGGACUCUUGCGGUAAUUUGUUCCAAAAUAACCAUACUUAAACAUUUCUUGCUAUUGGGUGGGCUGAGCAAAUAAAGUAUGUUGUUUUUAAUGUUGGAAAAAUUGUAGUUAAGUAUAUUUUUAUAAUAAAUUAUAAUUACGUA